GAAAAAUACCAAAACACGCACAUUGCUAAAUCAGCUGGUUGCCUAUUGCAGAGUUUAAUAAAGAUCGAGAGUUUUAAUUAUUUGUUUGCCAUAAAUAAGACGUGUUGGGCCAAUAAUGGGCAAGACCAAAAAGAGCAGGAGACACCAAAAGAACAAAAAGACGAAACAGCAGUGGCAUAAGAAGGGUUUGGCCUCCGCCAAGGCAUCAGAAAUCCUUCUCAAGUUAUCAGCCGUCGAUCCCCAAGUAGAUGGCCCAUCUGCUCCAAGUAACGCGGCAGCAACACAAGAUAUAGUGGUCUCCAGCACCAGCGCCGAAAUGCCUAGACCAAACGCUCUGGCUCAAACCAAGGGGUUCAAGAAGUUCAGGGACCUCAAAGCUAAGAACUCACCAAAAAGACUGCAACGCAAGGCCAUUCAAAAAAAGCAACUAGAUCGCGAAGUGAUAUCAAAACUGCUCAGCUCGAUAAAGAAAAAAUACAAGGUACAAAAAAACCCUAAUAUUAAGCGCAGAUUGGACUUUCGUAGCAAAGAAUCACCGAAAAAGAAUCCCCUGGUGCCGAAACCAAAGUUCUACAGACCGCAAAAGAUCGCUGAAAGUGUUUUCAAACAUCGAAAUGACACAAUUGAAGACGGUGAAAUCAUCGAGGAGUUACCGAGCAGCGACGAUGAUGACUGCGUGCUGCUGGAGACUCCAAAUGUAUCCAUAAACAUUGAUGAUGAUGGUGGAGACGAAGGUGAUAGCCAUGAUAGCGAUGAAAGCGAUGAUAGCGAUGAUGAGCCCUGCACAAGUGAUAAAAUCUUUAAGGCUUGCCAGCGUCGCGCCGAGUCUCUAACAACACCGAAGAUAGUUCAAGAUAGCAACAGAGAGGCUGCCUUGCGUGUAAAAACAAAAUCAGACAAUGAAGUUUUAUACUCAACCAUCACGAAGGCAGAGCCCACCAUCAACUUGGUGGAUAGCCCGGAACGAGUGCCCAGUCCAGUUGCAGACAACAACGAUUCAGUAAUUAUUAUUGAGGACACCAUUGGGUUUGUUGGUGGAGAAGAUUACAUACCACUUCCAUCAUAUUCACCGCCGUUGGUGAAGGGCAAAAAGAAAGGGAGGAGCACAAGGCUUGAGAAAAAGCCCAAAGAGAAAAGCGGCCGGAUAAAUGACAGCUUUUUCACCACUGCCGAAAAGAAAAAACUUGGAGACUACAAUAGCAACACAUUUAACCCUUCGGAGGAGAUAGGAGAGACCAGUAGCAAGCCGAAAACAAACAAGAGGUCUAUUAUUAUUGACGGUAGCAAUGUGGCCUUUGCCCAUGGAAACUCGAAUGUGUUCUCCUCGGAGGGAAUAAUGUAUUGCUUGCAAUACUUCGACAAAAUGGGCCACAAUUGCAAGGCUGUAGUGCCAAUGUUUCGGAAGAACUUCUAUAAAUCCUCAAAUCCUGAGCUUUUGGACAAGUUGCACAAGGAGGGCAAGAUAGUUUUUACGCCAUGCAAAAAUAUUCCCGGUCAAAUGUCAUCCAGCUACGAUGAUCGCUUCAUUUUGCAGCUGGCUUACGAAUGGAAUGCGGCCGUAGUUUCCAACGACAACUACAGAGACCUCAUUGAUGAAAGUCCUGCCUUCAAAAUGAUCGUCGAGAAUCGCGUUCUUGGCUACACGUGGUGCGACAAUAUAUUCAUUCUUCCCAAAGAUCCCUACGGCCGAUGGGGACCUAAACUUGACGAAAUUCUGCGUUGCUAAUCCCUGAGGUUAUUUAGUUAGCUACGCCUUUAUUAUUUAUGUUAAAAUUUGUUUAGUUUCGUGUAUAAAGCUUUUGAGUUACUAGGUUUA